AUGUCCAGUCCAGACCCAACCCACGUCCCAGAUCCAGGCAGGGCCCCCAUCCCCACCCCCGUACCCCCCAUUCCCACCCCCCUUUGUCCCUUUAGGAUCCUGCUGACGGUGGUGGUGAUCUUCCGCAUCCUCAUCGUGGCCAUCGUGGGCGAGACGGUUUACGAGGACGAGCAGACCAUGUUCAUGUGCAACACCCUCCAGCCCGGCUGCAACCAGGCCUGCUACGACAAGGCCUUCCCCAUCUCCCACAUCCGCUACUGGGUCUUCCAGAUCAUCCUGGUGUGCACGCCCAGCCUCUGCUUCAUCACCUACUCCGUGCACCAGGCGGCCAAGCAGCGCGAGCGACGCUGCUCCUUCCUCUACGACGCCAAGAGGGCCAAGGGGGGACUGGGGGCGGUGCCCGGCAAGGACGAGCCCGAGGGGCUCCCCGACGGCAAGGACGCCACGGUGCCGGUGAUGGUGGCGGCGCCGGCGCCGCGGCCGGGCCGCAGCGCCAAGGCCAAGCGCCAGGAAGGGAUCUCGCGCUUCUACGUCAUCCAGGUGGUUUUCCGCAACGCGCUGGAGAUCGGCUUCCUGGGCGGGCAGUACUUCCUCUACGGCUUCAACGUGCCCGCCAUCUUCGAGUGCGGGCGCUACCCCUGCGUCAAGGAGGUGGAGUGCUACGUGUCGCGGCCCACCGAGAAGACCGUCUUCCUCGUCUUCAUGUUCGCCGUCUCGGGCGUCUGCGUCCUGCUCAACCUGGCCGAGCUCAACCACCUGGGCUGGCGCAAGGUGCGGGCGGCCGUGCGGGGGGCCCGCGCCCGAAGGAAGUCCCUGGGGGAGGCCUCGGCGCGGCGGAAGGACCCGCCGGGAGCGGCGCCGGCAGCGCCCGCACCCGCCGCGCCCACCCUGGGCAGGACGCAGUCCAGCGAGUCG